AUGUCUCUCGCGAGCGCGCGGACGUUGACGCACCAGAACCGCGUCAUCAAGCGCGCUCGCGUGGUGAAAACCUCAACCUCGAGCACUGUGAAGCAACCGACGCCGUCCCGUCGCGUGCAGUGCGCGGCUGCGAACGCAGAGGCGAAGAAGUCCACGAUAAGCGCGCACCGAUGGUCCACCGACGUCGACGCGUGGGUGAUCGAAGCCCAAGAUUGCGCGCUGGAGGAGGGCGAGCGGUUGAUCGUGAGCGUCCCGGCGACGAGCGCGAACAUGGGACCGGGAUUCGAUUGCUUUGGAUUCGCGGUGGACGUCCGGAAUGAGUUGAUCGUGGAGAGAGGGAGUUUUGGGAUCGAUAUCGAGGGUGAAGGGAAAGAUGAACUACCGAGGGAUGAGACGAAUGCGAUUUACACGGCGGUGAAGGUUGGUUUUGAAGCCGCGAGGCCGGGAAAGACGCUGCCGAGAGACCUGAGAUUCACGAGCGUGAAUCGAAUUCCGCCGGCGCGCGGGUUGGGGAGUAGUAGUGCGGCUUUGGUGAGCGGGCUCGCGUGCGGGCUCGCGCUCGGUGGGAUGGAUGUUGAGGCGCCGCGCACGAAGCAAAUUUUGCUCAACCUGGCGAGCGACAUUGAGGGGCAUCCAGAUAACGUUGCGCCGGCCAUCUACGGCGGCUUCCAGAUCAGCAUCAACGAUAACAACCAAUGGAUCACUCAGCGCGUGAACUGCCCGACGGACGUGCAGUCGGUGCUCUUCGUUCCGAAGUUUCAAUCGCUCACCUCGGAGACGCGCGCGCAGUUGCCGAAUGAGCUUCCUAUGUCCACGGCGGUGCAUAACAUCGCCCGUGCGGGCUUGCUCGUGAACGCGUUCGCAACGGGUAACUUGGAACUUUUGCCGUACGCGACGCAGGACAUGAUUCACCAACCCAUUCGCGGCAAGCCUUUCGGCUUGGACGCGCUCAUCGACGCCGCGCUCAAAGCUGGCGCGCAGGGCUGCUUCAUGAGCGGCGCCGGACCGACCGUGCUCGCUGUCGUGGGCGGUCACGGUGGCUCGGUAGAAAAUGAUACGGCCGGUACGUACAAGGCGAGCCGAGUCGCAGACGCGAUGUUGGCGGCCUCUAGAGCGAACAACGUGGACGGUGAAGUCAUCAUCGCAUCGCCAACGGAAACCGGAGUUGCCUGUUUUGUCGAAUUCGCGUAG